AAAUGUUAUCGUUUGUUUGAUUUCCAUUAUUUAGAGCCAGUGUGCUUCUGGAAAUAAUUAAUCCAGCAUAUCAAUAGACUGAUGAGUAGGCGCAAGAGGACAAACACUCUAGUAGGAGUCAAAGCAAAGGUGAACUCAGUGAAAACAACCCUUCUACAGACCACAGAGCUCCAGAAGCCCAAUGGCCAGAGCUUUCAGCCACACAUUUCGCUUUCUUCGAGGUGGUGCCUUUAGGGUUUUCAGAUUACAGGAAAGGACCGCAAUGACACUACCUGAGAUGGGCCGUGACAUCUUCAGGGCUGCCAUUAACGCCGUGCUUCCAGAUAACAUGAUGCGCCAAAAUCUGGUGUUAGAAGAUGGCCGCCUCCAAGUGGGCAACAAGAGCUAUCCACUGCAAAACAAUCUGUACCUUGUUGGAUUUGGAAAGGCUGUAUUAGGUAUGGCAGCAGCAGCAGAGAGGAUUCUCAGACAACAUUUGAUUCAAGGAGUAAUUAGUGUCCCACAUGGAAUUCAGGAAGAGUUGCAAAAAGCUGGACGAGUAGAUAUGCUACUGAAUGGUGACAGUCCAAUCAGAGUGAUGGAAGGAGCUCACCAUAAUCUGCCAGACAAGAAUGCCUUGGAGGCUGCCAGCACCAUCAGAGACCUAGCAACUGGACUGACCAACCAUGAUUUGCUAUUAACGCUCAUCUCUGGAGGAGGUUCUUCCCUGCUACCUGCACCCUUGCCUCCUGUUUCUUUAGAAGAGAAACAGGAACUGAUCAAACAACUGGCCGCCAAAGGUGCCACCAUUCAGGAGCUAAACACCAUUCGCAAGGCCCUUUCACAACUGAAGGGUGGAGGUCUGGCCCGCUAUGCAUAUCCUGCCCAGGUGAUUGGCCUUAUCCUGUCUGACGUUAUUGGAGAUCCUAUGGACCUCAUAGCCAGUGGACCCACUGUUCUUAGUCAUUCUAAUCCACAGGAAUGCUGGGAGAUUUUUGAAAAGUAUGACCUGUGCUCCUCCCUUCCAUCUUCUGUCAGAGAGGUUUUGAUUGAAAUUGAGACAGACAAGGAACCAGCUGCAAUAUCUAGAACAGACACCAGCCAUAGCUAUAAUGUCAUCAUUGGUUCCAACACACUAGCCCUUGAAGCUGCUUCUGCUUGUGCUGAGCAGCUUGGCUUCCUGCCUAUUGUGCUCUCUCCAGCAGUAUGUGGAGAGGUGCAGGCAGUUUCCCACCUUUAUGGCUUGCUGAUUCGCUUUGCCUGUCAGGCCCUGCUCCCUGGAGGGCCCUCAGCUCAUCUGAGAGCUGCUAUUCUGCAGCUGGGCCCAGAAGUUGGAGUCCCUGACUGGGAUCUCUUCCGAACACUCAAGUCCAUAGAAGAGUGCACUGGUUCACUAUGCCUACUUUCUGGUGGGGAACCCACAGUGCAAUUACAAGGUAAAGGAAAAGGAGGCCGAAAUCAGGAGCUUGCAUUGAGAGUGGCUGUAGAUUUAAGUCAAGGUAUGCCUUUGCCUGCUGGUUCUCAUCAAGUGCUAUUUCUCAGCUUGGGUACUGAUGGACAGGACGGCCCAACAGAUUCAGCUGGAGCGCUAUCGGAACCAAGUCUUGUGCACCAGGCAAUAGCUCAGGGACUCAACCCCUCAGAUUUUCUGAAGAACAAUGAUUCUUAUUCCUUUUUCAGUCAGUUCUCAGGAGGUAAAUGCCUAAUUCGCACCGGACUGACAGGCACCAACGUGAUGGAUGUGCAUUUGGUUCUGAUCCAAAGGACAGGUGACAGCCAAAUUUAAGAACACAUUUUCACACAACACCCCAUAAUAACAACAUGAAAAAAGUUUACUUGAGAUUUUUGCAAAUUUAUUAAAAAUAAAAAAAUUGAGAAAUCACAUGUACAUAAGUAUUCACAGCCUUUGCCAUGAAGCUCAAAAUUGAGCUCAGGUGCAUCCUGUUUCCCCUGAUCAUCCUUGAGAUGUUUCUGCAGCUUAAUUGGAGUCCACCUGUGGUAAAUUCAGUUGAUUGGACAUGAUUUGGAAAGGCACACACCUGUCUAUAUAAGGUCUCACAGUUGACCGUUCAUGUCAGAGCACAAACCAAGCAUGAAGUCAAAGGAAUUGUCUGUAGACCUCCGAGACAGGAUUGCCUCGAGGCACAAAUCUGGGGAAGGUUACAGAAAGAUUUCUGCUGCUUUGAAGGUCCCAAUGAGCACAGUGGACUCCAUCAUCCGUAAGUGGAAGAAGUUUGAAACCACCAAGACUCUUCCUAGAGCUGGCCGGCCAUCUAAACUGAGCGAUUGGGUAAGAAGGACCUUAGUCAGGGAGGUGACCAAGAACCCAAUGGUCACUCUGUCAGAGCUCCAGAGGUCCUCUGUGGAAAGAGGAGAACCUUCCAGAAGGACCACCAUCUCUGCAGCAAUCCACCAAUCAGGCCUGUAUGGUAGAGUGGCCAGACGGAAGCCACUCCUUAGUAAAAGGCACAUGGCAGCCCGCCUGGAGUUUGCCAAAAGGCACCCGAAGGACUCUCAGACCAUGAGAAGGAAAAUUCUCUGGUCUGAUGAAACAAAGAUUGAACUCUUUGGUGUGAAUGCCAGGCGGCACGUUUGGAGGAAACCUGGCACCAUCCCUACAGUGAAGCAUGGUGGUGGCAGCAUCAUGCUGUGGGGAUGUUUUUCAGCGGCAGGAACUGGAAGACUAGUCAGGAUAAAGGGAAAGAUGACUGCAGCAAUGUACAGAGACAUCCUGGAUGAAAACCUGCUCCAGAGCGCUCUUGACCUCAGACUGGGCAGACGGUUCAUCUUUCAGCAGGACAACCCUAAGCACACAGCCAAGAUAUCAAAGGAGUGGCUUCAGGACAACUCUGUGAAUGUCCUUGAGUGGCCCAGCCAGAGCCCAGACUUGAAUCCAAUUGAACAUCUCUGGAGAGAUCUUAAAAUGGCUGUGCACCGACGCUUCCCAUCCAACCAGAUGGAGCUUGAGAGGUGCUGCAAAGAGGAAUGGGCGAAACUGGCCAAGGAUAGGUGUGCCAAGCUUGUGGCAUCAUAUUCAAAAAGACUUGAGGCUGUAAUUGCUGCCAAAGGUGCAUCGACAAAUUAUUGAGCAAAGGCUGUGAAUACUUAUAUACAUGGGAUUUCUCAGUUUUUUUAUUUUUAAUAAAUUUGCAAAAACCUCAAGUAAACUUUUUUCACGUUGUCAUUAUGGGGUGUUGUGUGUAGAAUUCUGAGGAAAAAAAUGAAUUUAAUCCAUUUUGGAAUAAGGCUGUAACAUAACAAAAUGUGGAAAAAGUGAUGCGCUAUGAAUACUUUCUAGAUGCACCCACUGCAACCAACCAACCUGAAUGAUCUGCAGAAAAUCUGCCAGGGACAAAACCACUCUUGAGCAGUAUACAAUGCUGGUGCAUACUUACUUCAAAAGACAAGAUUGUUACUGCAGCAAAAGGAGGGCCUACUAAAUAUCAAAGUGUGUAGUUUGAAGGUUUAUGCAAGUAGUGCUUUUCUACUUUUUAUUUGUAUUUAUUUUUGACAAAUUUACUUUGGCUUUAAAAAUAAACUUGUGGAACACUUAG